UCUGAGGUUCUAUCAUAAACAUAUUGAUCAACGUAACACGGACAAAGCCUCCACCAAAGACCCCGGUAAGUAAUAAAUAUAUUACUUACGGUAUGUCUCCUCACAAACUGGGCCGGUUUGUCGGCAUGUUCGAGGUAUUUCUCCAAUCCCAUCUACUUACCGUGCUAGAGUAUUUCCUUACUCCGUAGAACUUCUAUCCUCAUGAUGAAUUCCCUACUGAAUGUUCUGGAGCCCCAUCCGGAAGAUAGAUUACAUCUACGCUUACAUAGAGCGCGAUCCGUCGUUUUAACGGCGCAAGAGUUUGUUCCCUUUUAUUCUAGCCAGCCUUGAGACGCGGAAGGAGGAAAGCGGAGAUCUGUAUGUACUCUGGCUGACAUGUUCUGGAAACACACAGACUUGUGGAAAUUCGGGCCGCCCAGAGAACCUUCGAGGGAGCAUAUAUACGGACCGCUUUGGGACAAUUUAGUUUCGCUUUGGUGGUAUUAAAGAUCUUUACCGCCGAAUUCUACAGUAUUGGGGCAUUAUUUGCGACAUAUGGAGCUGGUGUUUUAAUGGUCAGCUUGUAUAGGAGGUACGAAGGCAACAGGCAAUUCUUCAGCGAAAUUGAUGGAGAUGGCAUGGGAAGGAAGAAAUUUAGGACCAGUGGGAAUGCCGUGGUUGUUUUGACGACGCUGAGUCUUGUGGCUUAUGUUUUACUGAUUGGAUUGACCAUAAGACUCGAGACCUAAUAUCCCCUGGAUGAGCUGACUACAUAUGCGGGAUAGCCAUUGAAACAUAUAUUUCUCACGACACAGGGGCUAUUUUGGGGCUUGGAGACGAGACAAUCGAUAUUAUGAGCGCGGACAGUAUGACAGAGGGGAGGGCGAGAGGAUGCAGAAAGCGUAUCAAAAUUGCGGCAUCAUUUACAAUCAUUCUAAAGAAUAGAGCAGAUGCAUGCGACAUAUUUUCUUCAUUCAUACUUUAUAUGUUAGGAGCGAAAGUCGCUUGUUUGAGGGGGGAGGAGGGUUUGGGAGAAGGUGGUCAGCUACAUCUCGGAAUCCAGUCAUAGGCAUAUUGAAGGCAAACCCGCUGCGUGGUUUGUUGCGAAUACGAUCAGACGAAUAAUCAAAUAUUUCGGUUAAUCAUUGUCAUUACACCAUUUUCGGAAGCACACAAUCGUACCUAGCGGAUCUGGAUCUGAUAUUCAUAAUCUCGAGUUAGCUUGCCUACAUCGUUCUCUUCUAGGUUCAGGGACAUGUGUCAAGAAUUGAUUUUCAGACGAUCAUAGCUAGGGCAUUAUGCUGCAAGCUCUUCCAUGUAAUCUAUCUCAAUGCACAAAGGCUCUAAACGGUGGUAAAAACUUUGGUGCCAGUCGGAACCCAUCAUUAGUCGGCUACUAGUGGCGGGGAUAUCAGCUUUUGGCCGCUGAGCUAGGAGCCUUUUGAAAUAAAAAUCUCUCUAGGAACAGCACGAGCAUCUAGCAGUUUUCCUUGCAAAUUAUGCAGGUGGAUUGGUAGCCACAUGUCCACUUCAAUAUCCAAUUUAUCGAAUAACGAUUGGUGUUCCUGAAUCAUUUUAGCUUUUAAGAAGCCCCAAGCUGAACACGAUACUGCUAUCCGACCGCACUAAGCAUGAGCUUGGAGCUCACAUCCAUGAUAGCGCCGGAUACGAUUACAUACCUGACCCGAGCUGUUCUAGUCUGGCAUCUCUUGGGGUAUUCUUCGGCCAGAGUGCGAUCUUUAAUCAGCCCUCUUUCAACGCUCGUCUCGUAUAUUUCCGAAUUGCUUUAGUCUCUAAAAUGCUGAGAGACAAGAAAUCUUAGUGAGACGCCAAAAAUGGGCUUCGAACUUGUAUUUGUUUCAUCCUGAUUGACAUCUGCGGUCAUGGACGAAUUAGGGUGGUAGAUGGACACUGCCGUUUUGACGUAAUCAUCGCCACUGUAAUAUGUCGCAUAGUGUUUUUAUUCUAAGGUGACAAUAAUUGGCAGCCAUCACAAUCAGAACACUGCACCUGUUCAAAAGCACGACGGUACAACACUAACGCACGAUAAGUCCUAUGAAUCUUACACAGAGUUCGCUUAAGUAAUUUUAUAGACAUCGAGCCACAUGAACAUGAGACAUUUCAAUCACGUUGACGAUUCACGACCAUAAGUCGUGCUGCCAGCAUGGACUGGAAGUACCGGCAAAAGAAUUUUUGGACAUUAUCUGAAUGAUGUCUGGGCCGGGCCUCAUGCAAGUUCCCAUGUACAUUGAUCAGUUAAAUGCUGGAGUGGGGGUAGUCGGGCUGUCUCGUCAUGUUUGCUGCAGUAGCAAUC